AUGUGCCGUAUAUCUCGUCUCCGUUGCCCCAUAUGCCACGAGGUUGCCGAUUGGAGUAUUCGCCCUUGUAAGGAUAUAGUAGAGAAGGAAAUGGACCGCAGUGACUACAGCAGACGAAACAUCUCUGGGCCAUUUGUUCGUAUAUACUGCCCGAACCUCAUCUGGCCGCCGACCGAUCCCACCUCUCUAAUUAACCAAUUAUGCGACGACUGCACUUUCGCACGCCACCCGGGGGUGCAAGAAUGCGUCGGUGGCCCCGAAGUCCAGAAGGAGAAGAUCGAUGAAGAUGGCUCUGUUACAUUGGUUUCAAAGGGAACGAUGAUGCACAAUCACUGGUCGGCUCGUUUGAGCGAAGCACCGCACCGAAUACUUACUCUCCGGAUCCCUUACUGCCAUCUUUGUCAGGAACCCGCAUUCUUUUUCCAAAGGGCCACUGAAACGCCUGGCGAAGAGGAAGUUAAGUUCGGCAUCAAAGAUGUCGAGAUGGAAUUUAAUUCAACGCUAUGGAAAUGGACUUGGCUGAGGCAAGGAAGAGAAGCACUUUCUUGUCGCCUUGCUACGGGUUUCAUUUCCAAGCCAUGCAACACCUGCUUCAAUCGUGAAAACGUACUCCGUGCCAAGGUGUCCAAGUUUAUAAAGUACUGGAAAGUUAACUUCUGGCAACACGAGUUGCCUAACGAGGGUCUCCCUAAUACCCGGCCUCCGAACUGGCGGGAGAUGAAAGAAUAUAUGGCGACGUGCUGGAAGGCGAGGACCAAAGUAGAGUGGAAUUUCUUUUGGGAUUUCGAUCUUCCCGUCGAAUGUUCUCUACCGUUCACUCUCCACAAAGAUUCAUUCACGGACUUGUCACAAUGGCACCGCCUUGCUGGAAUUAAGGGGCGAAACGACCCAGUUGCCCAUCGUUCUCCUCUCCCCUGGGUUCCGGAGGAAGAACACAAAAAAUUCCUACCUGAACGGGAUGCCGAAGAGGCUGCUGAAGAGGCUGAUGUCUCAUACGUAUCUACUACUAUACCGCUAGAGGCCGCGCGACAGUUAGAUGCAAUGCAUGACCGACUAAAUGCUAAACAUUUCGGUUUUAAGCCUCCUCCACCUCGCCAGCCUCGUCGACCUCGCCGCUCUCUUCCUCACGAUCCUCCUCACACUCGCCCUUCCAAACGAAGCCGGUCUAAUGAAAACCCUCGCAAAGGAACCCCAUUUGAAGGACUAGAGUGCGACCCAGAUAAUCUAUUUGCAGACAACUAUCUUGUUGCGCGGUCCCAUGCGAAAGAGCCUCCAAGGGAGCUCCUUAAGACAGAGUAUGGAACCUUUGAGCUAUUCGAUUCUGGCUUUUGGGUCCUGAAGGACGUAGGACCUGAUUACAAGUUGAAGUUACCUCUUGGUGUCGGAUUAAGAGAAGAACUUGAACCUAUUAAGGAUUAUGAAGAGGAGUUAUACCUCGAGGACGAUGACGCCUACCAGUUCCCCGAUACUCCAGAAGAAUCUGACUCCGAAGGUUCUCAGCUUGGGGGCGAACGGGAGAUGACGGAGCGCCUCGCCAGCAUGGGCCUGAUGGACGUCGGAGAUCAUGAGCCGAGAGUCGAGAAAGAGAAUGUGGUGAUAAUGAUCGACGAUGACCUUCCGGAUGCCAGUUCGGACGUUGAGGAUAAUGAACCGAGAGUCGACAAAGGGAAAGGGAAAGAGAAGGAAAGAGUCGUGAUAGUGAUCGAUGAUGAUAGCUCGGACGAGGACUAUGUAUCUAGACGGAGUGUCUCGCGGAACUUUGGUGCAAACCCCCUUGGACACAAAGAAGGGGCAGUUGCACGCCGCAACCAACGACUUGACCUUGUGCAUCCACCUAGACGCAAUAAUUCGCAGAUAGCUGGACAAGCUUCCAACCUAGACGACCUCUACCAGAGUCUGAGUCCGCAGAAUCCUACCCAGGCUGACCUCGAUAAGUAUCAAAAAUUGGCCAGACUGUACCCGCACCUAUUCUGCGAUGAUCGCACCAAGCUACUUCCCAACGGUUAUAUCCCCUCGUCUCGGAUCAUCCGGUUUGACGGCCAACAAAUUGGCGUAGUGCAUUUCUUUCCAGACUUACUUCCGGUGGUCCCUGGGUAUGACAUGGCCAUGACAAUCACAUAUGUCCUAUCCGGAGUUCAUGAUCGCACCAGACUGGAACCUUGGCCAUUUCUCUGGCGUAUUCUCAUCAAGUUCGACAGCAAGGCUAUCGGCACUGUAGAACUUCGACAGAUGCCGAUGCCGAUGCCUCUCCCUCUCCCCGCGAACCCUGACGGGUCUCGUACGGAUCUAUUCCAGAUUCAUUCCCCUCUUAGGAGCUCCAAUGCACCCCCGGUGGAUGUACCUAACGCACCUCCCGUCGACGAACAACUCAGCGGGCACCCUACUUCCAAUGUAGCCUAUGCUAAUGAGCCUGUUGUCAAUGUGGCUGCUGCGCCUCCCGACAACGCGCGUCCUGGAUCCAUUGCCCCAAUGACUUCUCUACCAGGACAUCUCUUCCAGCCUGAUGGCUUAACUAAGAUUGAAUCCUACGGAACCAUUGGAUCUAUCGUCUAUGGAAUUGUCAAGUACAACGAUCAGGUUAUCGGUAGUUUGGAUGCAUGUCCGAUGAUGUCUACGAGUCUGAAACGCGCGAGAAUUCCGGAACGAUUCAACAAACUGUUCAAAAACGAUGGUCUCACGAAGGUUUGUUACAAUCCAGACACCAGAAAGCUGGAUGUAUUCUAUAACAAUGUUAUCUUUGGCAACAUUAGGAUUGACCACCCGACUGGAGGCCUACCUCAGGGUCCACCGCCGCCACCUUCGCCAGCGGGCCCGGCUGUCUAA